UUACUGCGAAAAACGGGGAAAUGUCAACGCACCAAAGCACAAAACAAAGCAAACAAGUUUUCAAAAGGUUUUUCCGAUUCCCGGUUAUGGAAGAACGGAUGGAAAUCGUACAGGAUCUUUAAAGUGCAAGCAUAAUGACGGUGACCAACAGAAGAUUCCAUCGAGCGCAACUUCCAACACCCAGUCACUUCCAUCACAACACGGUUGGACCGGCAGGCGUGUCCUCGGUGGCCGGUUCUUCGUUUGGAGCUCACCAUCAUCAUCACCAGCAGGAUGGCGGUUCGGCAUCGAAUAGUAAUGGAAGGGAAGGAUCUACGGCGGAACAGGACGGUAGCUACCUGUACACACCGUUCCCCAAGCACGUCCCAUUUCCCAACAUUGAACAGCAGUCGGAGUUCGUGAACGAGCUGAUCGUGUUCUGCUUCACGAUCGUGGCCAGUGUGACUCAGUUUUUGCAUCUUUAUCGGUCCGUUUGGUGGCUUCCAAACUCGUACAACCGGCAGGCUGUGAACUUUUAUCUUAUCGACUGGGAUUUGGCUAUCUUCAUCGACAUCAUGGCCAGUCGGAGGUUGAUUUACUGUGGCAUAACGAAGUUCGUUGAUGCCAACUGCCCGGAAGUAUACCUGGAACCGUGCCGGAAGGGGACAAAGUAUGCGUUUCUGGUGAGCAUGUUCGCCUUGCUCUUGGCAUGCGGCGCCCAGAUCUACCAGAAGGCAGGCUACGUGCAUCUGUUCGUGCUCUGCUAUCCGCUCGUGCUGUAUCCGAUGUUUUUCGGUUUCAAUGUGGAACACUUUCUGCGGACGAUUGUCGACACGCAACCGAACUGUAUCAACGGUAUGCCGCUUCAUAGCUGCUCCUCGAAAGCGGUCUCGAUACGUGCCGAGAUCGAUACGUUGAAGGCGGAUUUUUUCAACCGAUGCCGGCAGGUGUUUUUCACCUCACUUCUAAACGCGUACUAUGCGGGUUUUGUACCGUGUAUGUUGGCGUCGAAGCAUUUGUACUAUAACAACUUCUGGACGAUACAGCACAUGGCCGGUAUCUUCAUCGGCGGGUUCACUAUGAGCGUCACGUACUGCUUCCCUGUGCGCUACUUUGAUGUAUUUUAUCGUGCUUCCCUGCAUCUUGGCGUGUGGAAUCGAGUGAACGCUCGGGGAAACAAUCUGCCCGCACAUCACUGGUCGGCGGAACACUUCUAUCCGUACGGAACGUACGUCCGGCAUAACGAUGAGCUGUAUCGUUCGACCAGCAGCUGUACUGCGGCCAUACCGAAGAACAACAGCCAUCUUAGGUUUUAUGGGUUCUUCAGCAAUCCGAGAGCUAUCUUUGUGAGUUUGAUAGCGCUGCAGCUGUGCAUGGUGUUGUUCCAGCUGCUGCUGCUAUCGCUGACGAGAGAAUGGCAGAACGCCCUCUCGCUGGGUUUCAUGCUACUGGCCAACUACUUUACGCUGUUCCGACUCGUACGAGAUUAUCUCAUCUUACGGAGGAUAUAUGCCAACGAAAGUCUGUCACACCCGAAGUAUAAAACCAACUAGGCGAUUAC